CUCUCAUCCUGGGAUGAAACGGACGCUUGCGCGGAGGCUCCGUCGAAAGCGGAGUGCGCAUGCGUGUCCAGACGUGGCAACGGCAUGAUGGCCUCUUGGAGCCGCUGCGGGAGGAUGAGAGGGGCGACAAUGAUCUCGCUGCUGCUGCUGGUGUGGCUGCUGGCCCUGCUGGAGGCGGGGAAGGUUUCUCCUCUCAUAGAGAGAAUCGCCGAUCACAAAGACUUCAAGAAGCUGCUCAGGACCAGAAGCAACGUUCUGGUGCUCUACACAAAGACAGCUACGUCAGGGGACUCCUACCUGAAACUGGUGUCCGACGUUGCUCAAACAGUUAAAGGCCAAGGGACUAUCGCCUGGGUCAACUGUGGGGAUUCGGAGGGCCGUAAGCUUUGCAAGAAAGUGAAGGUGGACCCGAGCUCCAAACACGGGGGAGCAGAACUGCUGCAUUACAAAGAUGGGACAUUCCACACCGAGUACAGCAGACCCGCCACCCUAAAGUCUAUGGUUGCAUUUUUAAAAGACCCGUCGGGCCCUCCUCUGUGGGAGGAGAACCCCGAGGCCAAGGACGUUAUCCACGUGGAAACAGAACGUGACUUCAGAAAGCUGCUGAAGAAGGAGGAGAGGCCGGUCCUCAUGAUGUUCUACGCCCCCUGGUGUGGGGUUUGCAAGAGAAUGCAGCCCAUUUUUCAGCAAGCAGCCACAGAAACAAAAGGAAAAUACGUAUUGGCAGGAAUGAACGUGCACCCGGCUGAGUUUGACGGCCUGAAGCAGGAGUACACCGUCAAAGGCUACCCGACCUUCUGCUACUUUGAGAAAGGAAAGUUCCUUCAUCACUAUGAAAACUACGGCGCUACAGCCAAGGAUAUCGCAGACUGGAUGAAGAACCCCCAGCCGCCGACGCCGAAGACUCCCGAAGUGCCGUGGUCGGAGACGGACUCCCCCGUCUUCCACCUGACCGAUGAUUCCUUUGACACUUUCUUGGAGGAGCAUCCCGCAGCCGUGGUCAUGUUCUACGCCCCCUGGUGUGGCCACUGCAAGAAAAUGAAGCCAGAGUAUGAUGAAGCGGCUGAAAUACUCAACAAGGGCGCAGAUAGUCCAGGCGUUUUGGCAGCGGUGGACACCACAGUGCACAAGGCUGUGGGAGACCGCUUCAAGAUCUCCGGUUUCCCCACAGUCAAGUAUUUUGAGAAAGGUGAAGAUAAAUACACACUGCCACAUCUUCGGAGCAAAGACAAGAUCAUCGAGUUCAUGCACAAUCCUCAGGCCCCUCCACCCCCGGAGCAGUCCUGGGAGGACAAGCCGUCCAGCGUCAGCCAUCUAGGAUCAGAGGACUUCAGAGAGGCGCUCAAGAAAAAGAAACAUGCCUUGGUCAUGUUUUACGCUCCCUGGUGUCCGCACUGUAAAAGUAGCAUCCCCCACUUCACCACGGCGGCAGAACUGUUUAAGGAGGACCGCAAGAUUGCGUAUGCUGCCGUGGACUGCACCAGAGGACAGAACCACGACCUCUGUAAGCAGGAGGGGGUGGACGGAUACCCGACCUUCAGCUACUACAACUACGGCAAGUUCCUGGAAAAAUACAACGGAGAUCGGGGGGAGGCGGGAUUCAUCGGGUUCAUGCGCAGCCUGAGAGGGCGCGACCAGGAGAAGGUGGGGAAGAAGAAGGAGGAACUGUGAGCGUCGUGCAGGGAGGAGGGCGAUGCACUGGGACCUCGUGUCUAGCUCUGAAGCACUAAUAUUUGGGAGACUUGGUGACCUCGGCAAAAGGCUAUUUUUCUCAUACCGUGGUGAUUCCAUUUGUAACGAUACCAGUGGACAUCUUACAGUCUGACCAACCACUCAAGACUUCUUCUCUUCAUGGAUAGUCUGAUGGGCAAGAAAUAGACAAUACCUUUUUUUUUUUUUUCUUUUUUUUUUUUAAUGUUUUUGCCCAAUCACUGUGAGUAAAUAUGUGAAAAGCUACACCCUAUACUGUAUCUAUGCAAUAAAGGCCCGUCCUCCUGCCCCCGUCUGGGGUCCUGGGGGCUGAUCACGGUGGGGGCUGCUGGGGGGCAUCGUUAGGGUAAAGUGGAGCUUCUUUGUCACCACUAAAUGAUCCCCCUCCAGUCCCAUCCACCCUGCACUGUUUUGUAGAGGACACUCAUACUGAUUGAUGUAACACCCCCCCCUAAAAAACAAUACAGAACCUUCAUUCCAUCACCGAUAGGGUCUAGGACAUUAUUUCAUUAACCACUACACUGCAAAAACUCAAAUAUUUGUCUUAUUUCUACUUAAAAUGUUUAAUUUUUAGUAAAAAAAUAUCUCAUUACACUUAAAACAAGACUCAUCACUGGAAAAAACAACAAA